AACAUGGAUGGCGAAAAGUGGAGCCAAACAUUAGACAAAGCCAUCGAUGCCGUUGUUACGAUAGAUUACUGCCACACACACCCCUUCGAUACCAACCCGGCCUCCAACGGACAAGCUACUGGCUUUGUGGUAGACGCCGAGAAGAGAUUGAUUCUCACAAACAGACACGUUGUUGGUGCUGGGCCAUUUUUUGGGCAAUGCACCUUUCACAAUAACGAGAAGUGUUCUGUCUCUCCGGUAUACCGUGAUCCGGUACAUGACUACAGCGUUCUUCGUUUCGACCCAAAUGGUAAUAAGUACGUGACCUUUACCGCCCUCGCACUUCGACCCGACAACGCCAAGGUAGGCGUCGAUAUCUGGAUGCUUGGCAACGAUGCUGGAGCCAAGCUUAGUAUCCUCCAGGCCACUAUUAGCAAAGUAGAUUGCAAUGCACCCAACUACUCUGAAGGAUACUGCGACUUCAACACGAACUACAUACAAGCUAGUGCCUCAGCCAGUGCAGGGUCCUCAGGUAGUCCUGUAAUAGAUCGCCAUGGAUAUGCCAUUGCAAUGCAGGUUGCUGGACGAAAGGGUACUGCGCUCGAUUUUCUUCUGCCCCUGAAUCGGGCUGCACGGACGCUACGGCUACUAGGUCAGGACAAACAAGUUACCAGAGGCACUAUCCAGACCCAGUGGAUACUGAAGACAUUCUACGAGUGUCGAGAACUAGGCCUCACUGCCCAAAACGAGGAAGAGGUCCGCACCCAGUUCCCCAAAGACACUGGCAUGUUGGUUGCCGAGGUUGUGCUCCCUCAGGGCCCUGCUUGCAGCAAGAUCGAACAAGGCGACAUCCUGUUGAGCGUUGAUGGGGAGCUGCUCACCCAAUUUUUUCGUCUUGAUGCGGUUCUUGAUGAAAAUGUGGGCCAAAAGAUCGAUGUUGCCGUACAACGCGCGGGAAAGAUUGAAAAGUUCCAGCUCGAGGUCGGCGACCUCCACACGAUCACCCCCAAUAAGUUCGUCACUGUUUCGGGGGCUUUAUUCCACGAAUUGUCAUAUCAAAGAGCCCGCCGCUACGGUGUCUCACUUAAGGAUGCAGGCGUAUGUGUUCGGGCAGAAACAGGCUCAUUUAAACUGACCCAAGGGUCCACUUCAAACCUUCUGAUCCAGGAAGUCGCCGGCAAGCCAACACCAACCCUGGAAGCCUUCAUCGAAGUGAUUCAAAACCUACCUGACGGAGAGCCGGUGCCUAUAAAAAUUAGGGAUCUCGAAGCAGUGGAUAUCGAACGAACUUGGACGGUUCCUAUCGACAGGCAUUGGGAUAAAACCCCGCAGGUAGCCACCCGCAAUGAUGAGACAGGAUCUUGGGACUUCCAGUUACUUGCUGCCGCUCCACUACCUGUGCCUCCAAGAAAAACCGAGGCAGCAUUUGUUGAGAUAAGCGGCGAGCACCCGGAGGCAAGCGACAUGGUACGCAGUUGCGUACAUGUAAGGAGUUCCAUGCGCAUGAAGAUUGAGGAUUGUCCCGAUUGGGAAACUAAUGGCUCAGGUAUUAUCGUUGACGCAGACUGUGGCUAUGUCUUGGUUUCCAAAGCAUUCGUGCCACACAGUUUGUGCGAUAUAUCUCUAAUGAUCGCCGGUAAAAUCGAUGUCAAAGCAGUUGUUGUCUUCAGCCACCCAUCGCUGAAUUAUGCCAUUGUCCAGUACGACGCCUCGCUAGUCGGCGCUCCUGUGAAGACACCCAAGUUCUCCACUCAACACAUUAAGAAAGGUGCUGAGGUUACUUUCUUUGGAUCGGAUUAUCUCUUCCACCCCUUAGUGACAAAAACGACUGUCGCAGACAUCACUUCAGUUUCCACACUAGAUGGUGAUACGCUGCGAUACCGCGCCACCAACUUCGAAGCAAUUACCCUAGACACAGAUCAGGGUCGAAGGUGCAGUUCGGGCGUACUCCUUGACAAGGAUAGUAUGGUACAAGCUUUUUGGCUCGUGUUCUUAGAUGGCAACAACGACGAUUACCGGUUUGGUAUUUCAACACCCGACUUCCUUCCAAUCCUUGAUCAGAUUCGGCGCAAGGAGACGCCUAAGCUCCGCAUCUUGGACGUGGAAUUUCAGUGCUUUCAUCUGUCUCAAUCCCACACCAUGGGCUUAUCUCAAGAGCGAAUUCAGGAGAUAGAAGCUGCUGAUCCAGAACGCCAUCAAGUGUUCCAGGUGGAUCAGAUCGACUCGAUUCUCGAUAAUGGCCUCAAGCACAGUGACAUCCUUUUGAAGCUGGAUGGCACCCUUGUGAGUCGUUACUCUGGUUUGGAUAUCGUUUCCGACGACGAAGCUCUUGAUGCAGUCGUCGUGCGAAACGGUGAAGAGAUGAGCCUCCGGGUCUUGACUGUUCCGUGGCAAAACUUUGAAACUAAUCAGGUGAUCGAAUUCUGUGGAGCAAUUUUACAUCCGCCUCAUCGAGCUGUGCGUCACCAGAUGAGCAAAGAACAUUCUUGUGUUUACAUCUCCUCGCGUGUCGCUGGCUCGCCAGCGUGCAUGUACAAACUCCAACCUAAAACCUUCAUCACCGGUGUGAAUAAUGUUCCCACUCCCGACCUGUCGAAAUUCCUGGUAGAGGUAAAGAAGAUUAAGGCCAAUGAAAGUUUUCGUAUCGACAUUAUGUCAAUCAGCCGUAUCCGAAGUUAUAUCACCAUGAAGAAGAACAUUCACGACUUCCCAACUGUCCAGUGGACGAACGAUUUGUCCACAAAGGAAGGAUGGGUGAAGAAAACACUUGAGUUCGAUGAACGAGGGGUAAGAUAGACGGUAAUGCCUAGUGUAUUUGCGUCUCAUACCGGGCAAGACUCAGCGUUCCAUAGAAUAGUUUAAUCAAUAGCCUCAGUAUAUC